CAGGAGUACUCGGAGGACAGCAACAGUGAGCCGGACGUGGACUUAGAGAACCAAUACUACAACUCGAAGGCCCUGAAAGAGGACGACCCGAAGAACGCGCUGCAGAACUUCCAGCGGGUGUUGGACUUGGAGUCGGGCGAGAAGGGAGAGUGGGGUUUCAAAGCACUCAAACAGAUGAUCAAAAUUAACUUUAAACUGGCAAACUUCUCGGAAAUGAUGGCCAGAUAUAAGCAAUUGUUGACUUAUAUCAAGACCGCUGUCACCAGAAACUACUCGGAAAAGUCCAUCAAUUCUAUACUCGACUACAUCUCCACUUCGAAACAGGUCUUAAUCUCAAAUGGUUUAAAAGCAGUGAUAUAUGUGUCUAAUGUGAGUGAUUGUGUGGAUCAGAUGGAACUGUUGCAAGAGUUCUACGAAACAACGUUGGAUGCGCUAAAGGACGCCAAGAAUGACAGGCUUUGGUUUAAGACAAACACAAAACUAGGAAAACUGUAUUACGAUAGGAAUGAAUUCAACAAAUUGUCGCGUAUUCUCAAACAACUGCAUCAGUCCUGUCAGACCGACGACGGAACCGAUGACCUUAAGAAAGGCACUCAACUCCUCGAGAUCUAUGCCCUCGAGAUUCAGAUGUAUACACAGCAGAAGAAUAAUAAAAAACUUAAGAAACUAUACGAACAGUCACUUCACAUAAAGUCUGCAAUUCCUCAUCCGUUGAUUAUGGGAGUCAUUAGAGAAUGCGGUGGGAAAAUGCAUUUGCGUGAAGGGGAGUACGAGAAGGCACACACGGACUUCUUCGAGGCGUUCAAGAACUACGACGAGUCCGGUAGCCCUCGACGCACGACUUGCCUCAAGUAUUUGGUUUUGGCCAAUAUGUUGAUGAAAUCGGGAAUCAAUCCGUUCGACUCACAAGAGGCCAAACCCUACAAAAACGAUUCGGAGAUUCUGGCGAUGACUAAUCUGGUGAGCGCUUAUCAGAACAACGAUAUCAACGACUUCGAGAAGAUCUUGAGGACCAAUAGGAAGACAAUAAUGGAUGACCCGUUCAUUAAGGAACACAUAGAAGAUCUAUUACGUAAUAUUCGGACACAAGUGUUGAUUAAACUAAUCAAACCCUACACUAGAAUUCAAAUCCCAUUCAUUUCAAAGGAGCUAAAUAUAGACGUGUGUGAAGUGGAGAAUCUAUUGGUUUCAUGUAUUCUCGAUAAUACAAUUGAGGGCCGUAUAGAUCAGGUGAACCAAGUGCUGGAACUGAACCGAAGUACGAAUAGCGCCUCACGUUAUAACGCUUUAGACAAAUGGACGACUCAGUUGUCGUCACUUCACUCAACAAUUGUUAAUAAAAUGGCGUAAAUUAUUUGUAAUUUAUUUGGUUUUAAAUACAAUUUUAUUCAAUAAAAUUGAAAUUUCAAUUCUUAAAUAA